AUGAAAGGAUCCGCUGCUGAGAUUGCUACUAAGAUUGCUACUAAGAUUGCUGCUAAGAUUGCUGCUAAGAUUGCUGCUAAGAUUACUACUAAGAUUGCUGCUGAGAUUGCUGCUAAGAUUGCUGCUAAGAUUACUACUAAGAUUGCUACUGAGAUUGCUGCUAAGAUUACUACUAAGACUGCUAAGACUAAGACGACUAGAACGACUACUACGACCGCUACGACCGCUACUAUUACGACUACCGCUAUAAUUAAGAAAUUCUGCACUUUUCUGCAGAAAAAGUAG